UGAACUUUGAAUAAUAUUCAAAACAUUAUUUGAAUACGAUUACCGAGCACAGGUACGAAAGCGUACCUACCUACGAAUACAUUAUCGGGUGCUUACGUCAGGUUUUUUGUGCCAAAAAAUAAGGUGACACGUUUAUCGAAGGCGCCGGAAAAAUAUCUUCUUUACACUUACAGAUUCUUGAUUUUAUUCCUCAAUGUUUUGAGUACCUACUUUGAAUAUUAGAUUAGCUCGUUACAAUUGAGAACCUUUUCGUUGAAUUACUUAAUAAGAAGCUUCUUAUUUUCUAUUAAAAAAAUACUCUUUCUAUGGGUGUUAGAAUUUUUUUCUCUCUCUCUUCGAUUCAUUUAAUUAAUCAAGUUCAAUGGCGUGAACCUUAUUAGUAGGUAAGGUAAUAAUAAUCCACAGGUAGUUACGCCAAAGAAUGCAGACACAUUCUUUACAACUACCUAUAUGUAUUCAUCGCCUUGAAAUCAUUCUUUAUAAAUACUUCUUACUUACUCGCUGUGAGAUAAACUUAAUGCUAAUUUCUUGUCGAAUAUCAUCAACGGAGUAUUCGUCAUCGUACAAUAAUGACGUAAUUCUUAUCUUUUUUAAAUACUCCUACAAUUUUUUCUUCUAAUCUAACGGCGAAGGCGAAUCGAAAAAUAAAUAAACAAGAUUAUUUACUCGAUAACUACGUACGUUAUUUUACAAAGUACCUACAUUUAUCUGCACAUUAAUACAUUUUUAUCGCGUGUAAGUAAUUCAUUUUUUCAAGAAUUACUUUACAAUUGGUGUCCUGAAUUUACCUACUUAUGCGUGGAAUAAUCGUAAAAUUUGCGACAAAAAUUUAUCAUUUCGGUUACGGGUCUUAAAAUACAAUUCGUUUAGUCUUUACUGCCUCAUUCGUGUUAAGUAUACUUAUAUUUUUUGAAAAAAUAUGCCAAUAAAAUCGAUAAUUGAUUACGUUUCGCUAAAUCCAUGCCCAAAAUUUGCACUGCAUAAUUAAACGCGAGGAUUUAUUCGUUUUUCGUGCUGUUUGGAACCUAAAUAAAAUUCUCACUCUGUUAAAUGACCGUUGAAUAAGUUAUGGACUUGUGGCAUAGGUAUUCGGUAAACAUAUUCUAACUAAGUGAACCUGAACGUAAUUCACGCGCGUCUAGAGUCUGACGGGCUACAAAACGUUCCCACCAAUCACAGCGUAGCGGUAUGUUUAUCACCGUUAUCACUGAUGUUGGAUUAAGUUAUUUACGUAAAAAUGGAACUUGGAAGUUGAAGUUUGCGUUAUUCCGAAUAAUUAAAACACCGUCACAAUCAUGUAUCUUCGAACUUCGAAGUUUGAAAGUUUUCAGCUGACGUGAAAAUGAAAGUUUUGCCACUUCUCUUGAAAAUAACAUCCGGACUUCACGUAAAAUGGCAUCUUUCAAAGCUGACUGUAACCUAUGCGACAAAUCAUUUUCUUCAAAUAGUAAUUUGAGAAAACAUCUCAAAAAUAUACACUUUCAAUCAUCUACAAGUAUUCGAGAGCAAGUACCUCGCAAAAAAGAAGGGAAUUUCAAAUAUGUUUGCUCCGAGUGCCCAAAAUCAUUCAAUUCGUUGAAAAAUUUCAAAUACCACAAUCAAGUUCAUAAUCAAGAUUCAUCUUUACGAGUAAAAGUAGUUCAAUGUCCGUUAUGCGUCUUCAAAGGUAACAGUACUGAAAUUUCAAAACAUUUUAGUGAUGAACAUCAGAUAUUAUACGAAGUUGAAAACCUAGAAUUUGAUACAUGGAAUACUUUUAUGAGCUGGAAGAAACUCAAAGAAAAAAAAACGCAUUGUAAAUUUAUUCUGAAGCGACGUCAAGAAAAAAGUACUGCACAUUUCAUAUGUCACCGCAGUGGUACUUUCAAAAGUAAAGGCAAAAAUUUGAGACUGUUGAAAAUUCAAGGUUCCAAAAAAAUUAAUGCUUUCUGUCCAGCGGCUAUUGAUGUUGUGAUCGGUAAAAAUGUAUGUCGUGCUAAUUUCAUUUCAACUCAUGUUGGGCAUUGUAAUGAUCUGAAACAUCUUAAUGUUUCACCUACAAAACGUGAAGAAAUUGCCAGGCAACUGCAAUUAAAAAUACCCGCUCCGGUCAUUCUGAGUAAUAUACGAGAUUCGCUUGAGGGUGAUAUAGAAAGAGAGCACUUGUUAACCAACAAAGAUUUACACAAUAUCCGCGCAGCUUUUGAUAUUUCUAAUGAAGAAGUGCGGGAUUCCAGUGAUGCACGAAGUGUUGAUAUUUUAAUCAAAGAACUGCGAUUACAGGAAAGUCAUCCUGUUAUUUUUUACAAACCUCAAGACGUUGAAGAUCCGAAUUCGAUUUUGAAACCAUCUGAUUUUGUAGCAAUUUUCAUGAACGAUGGCCAGAAAGAAAUGUUGAAAGAAUACGGCAAAAAUACAAUAUGCGUGGACGGUACUCAUGGCAUGGGAUACGAUUUCAUUCUUUACACUAUAUUAGUUUUAGAUAGUGUCAAUCAGGGAUUUCCUUGUGCAUUUUUACUAACGAAUCGCUCUGACCAAGCUAUUUACGAAUUUUUUUUCUCUAAAAUCAGAGACUCCGUUGGAUUGAUUGACACGAAUCUAUUUAUGUCAGACAUGGAAGUGGGUUUUGGCAAUGCUUGGACUAGAAUUAUGGGACCACCUAAGAAACAAUUAUAUUGUACAUGGCAUGUUGUGAGAGCAUGGCAGCAAAAUCUGAACAGAAUUGGUGGCGAACGUGAAGCUGAUAAGAAAAACGAGACAUAUAAACAAUUACGUGUUCUAUUAGAAGAGUUGGAUGAGAAUAAAUUCGAACUUUUAUUGCCGGAUACCAUCGCUCGGUGGAAAGAAGACAAAGAUACAAAAAAUUAUGCAGAAUAUUUUGAAAGUACGUACGUGAGUAAUAGAAAGCAGUGGGCAUAUUGUUAUAGGAAGCAAAGUGGACUGAAUUCGAAUACUCAUCUAGAGAGUCUUCACCGAACGUUGAAGUAUGUGUAUUUAGAAGGGAAAAAAGUGAAACGAUUGGACCGGACAAUUUCAAUAUUGAUGAAAUUUAUACGUGACCGUUUAUUUGAUCAGAUUAUUCUUCAUCAUAAAGGCAAGCUUACAAAAAAAAUUCAGGACCUGAGAAGACGACAUCGAACUGCUGUUGCCAAUAGAAAUGAUUCGUUGAUUACUUAUGACUCUACUGAUGAACGUUGGAUUGUAUCGUCAAAACAGAUAUAUUAUGUUGAGAAAAACGAUGCGAAUUGUACAUGUAGUCUUAUAUGUACAUUAUGUAAUGCAUGUCUGCAUAGGUAUAGUUGUACAUGCUUAGAUUAUUCAAUCAAAUGGAACAUGUGUAAGCAUGUACAUGAAGUGUGCAUGAUUGAAAAUGAAAAGAACAACGUUAGUGUUGAUAUUAAUAAUGCUAAUGCUCAUGCUCAUUGUGCAACUUUGGAAUCAUUUGAAAGUAUCAACAACAACAACUCUGCAGUUAUUUCUACAAAAAUCAAGGAUAUAUUACUCGUUGAUGCUGAAAAGGAUGUCAGUGAGGAGGAUUUGAAGAUGAAAUUUAAUUCUGUUCUAAAUUUAGCAAAAAAUAAAGACGAUCGAAAGUUGGUGAUGAAAUAUUUGAACAAGGUUCAAUUAUGCAUCGAAUCUGAUGUUUUAAAAUCUGCACCUGUCUGUAAGAAGGAUAAUAAAUCGAAGAGUCGUGAUUAUGUGAGGAAUAUUCAACCUCAACCAAGAAUUUAUUCUACUAAAAAAAAACGCGCUAGUUCAGCUAAAUUUCAAGCACCACAGGAAGAGGAGAAAAAUGACAUAGGAUUAGAUGUUAUGUUUAUGAAUAUUGAAGAACUUGAGAUUGAAUUACCUUCUAUUGACUAAAAAAAACGCUUAUUUGUUUGUUACCUGUGAUCAAAUGAUUUUUACCUAAAGUAGUAUUUACUUUAAAUUGUUUCAAGGUGCCAAACUGAAACUAAAGUGAUAUUCAUUUUUUUCAUUUUUUUAUUAUAUAUUGUGUUGUAUCUGUAAGUGUAUUUCGCUUUAAUGUAGGUAUAAAAAAAAACACUUUUUAUGCCAAAUAUUGGUGGUGAUUUCCAUUUUUUUUUUUAUUAUUGUAUUUUUCAAUUACCUACCUACUUUUUUAUUAUUUGUUGUAUCUAAAAAAUAAAAAUCCUAUUUUUAUGCCAAAUAUUGGUAGUCAUAGUCAGGUAGUGAUUUUUAUUUUGUUUUUUUUUAUUAUUCCUUGUAACUGUAACUUGAGUACUUUUUCCUAUUAGUAGUAGCAGAUGAAAUUGUAGUGAUUUCUUCUUAUAAUUUUUGUUUAUUCGUUGUAUUUCUAAGUACCUUCCUACUGAUUGUUUCAAAAAUUUCAUUUUUUUAUUACCAAUUAAGUGAUAAAUAUCAUCAUAAAUACGAUUUAUGAUUUUU